AUGGCGCCACCUGAUCAGACUUCUGUCAAGGAGGCACAAGCUCCUACCAAGGAUGCCGAGGCAGAAAAGGAAGAUGUCUCGACACUUCGAUCACCAAGUCUCUACAACAACGGUGUCGGAGAUGUCAAUCAAGAGCUUAAUCGAAGACUCAAUAAAGAGGCCAAUCGAGGGGUUAAUCAACAGGUCAAUCAGGGGGUCAAAAAGCGUCCUUUAUACAAACAAUGGUCCAAAAGGGAAGAAACGAUCGUCCAAGACAUCAUUGACAACCACAGUACCAACCCAGCAACAUCUAAAAUGGACUUCAAGGAGCUGGAUAGAUAUUCAGUCAAGAAGCUAGCAGAGGCAGGAUUCGUGCGAACACUUUUGGGAGUUACUGAUUUCCGGGGAAGAAACCUUUGCAAAAUCGAUUACAGCAAGGUUUGUGAUCUUGUUGCUAAUAUGCCCGAGUCAAUUCGUGACAUGGAAGCAAGAGAAGGUUAUGGGAAUCUGCCGCAGUGGCAAGCGAUCCUGUUCGUAGACGAAGUACAGUCGCUUCCCAGAGUGCAAGUGAGUUAUGAAUCAUUGUUUAACACGAAUCAUUCUGAACCUUUAGCUUCAUCACAGGAGUGGAAUACUUUGAGCAGAAUAAUGAACAGCCAAUUCGCUCGUAAUGGCAAGCGGGAUUACGAAGAGUACAACAGCGGUCUGGCAGGAGAGAGUAGCACCAAUGCUGCUGCUGCUGCUGCUGCUACUCAGAAACCGCAAGCACAGACAUUUCCCAUGGGAACUAACGGCGUACUUAAACCACAGCAGGGCUUCCCAAAGACUCCUGGAACCAAAUCCUGUGAAGUUGCCAAGAUGCAAAGUGAGACGGGUUUAAACAUGCCGCCAGCAUCAAAGCGGAUGUGUGUCACCAAUAACAGCAAGGAAAAUCCCAUUGAGAUCCGGGACGAUUCGCCAUUAAGUCAAUCGCAGUCAGAGAGUGAUCGAAUUGAACUAGCCAGAGGUUCAAUAGCAAAUCUAGAAAAGAUGACGUUGAGCUGUCUCGAAAUAAAGAUGUGGUGUGAGAUGAGUGCAGUGGAAUAUGAGGCGAAGAGUAAGGAAGCAGUAGAGAUGGCAGCCAAGUACAAGAAGAAAGCUAUUGAGAAAUUGGACGAGAUCCUCAAAAUCCACAGAUUAAAUCCAGAGUUCAAAGACUAUAAGCCAUUCCAAUAA